CGACUGGUUUAGUUGUAAAUAGGAAAUGGGGUUGUUUACCUAACAUGUCAAUGAGUGUGGACUUGUUCUGUCACCGUCAGAAGCAAAUUUUAUUGAAGUUUUUGCGCCUGGGUAGUGAUGCUUGAGGUGACUCAAUGUCGACUACUGGAAUUCUUUUUAAUGCAACUCAGCCUACCGAUACUGUACCGAGCGUGGGUCUGCAGGGGGAAGUGCUUGGGAAUUUGUUGACGGCAGUUCUAACUUUAGUGUCAGCCUAUUUGUUGGUCGCCAUAUCUGUAUUUGAAUAUAAGCAGAAGCGAAGCAGUAAAAGCUGGAUCAACAGACUUUGUCUUUUGACUACAAUCAUAUCGUUUCUGUCUUGCUUAUCCGAGCAACUGGAGCUGCAGUUUGGGAAAGUAUCUGAUGGUUGGUGCGCCGCUUACACAUAUUUGGUAUCGAUUUUCUAUUGCGUUGGUUCAUUAAGCACGUACAGUCUACUGUGGCUGAGGCAGAGGUCGUUCUAUACAGACCCACUGCUAAGGAAUUACAGCAACAGAACUCUGCGUUUCGUGAGCGCUUCAAUUAUUGUUGGAAUAUUCGCCGCUCUUAUUUCCACUGUGUUCACAUUCAUUUUAAGCUACAAAUUGCACAGCACACCAAGUGGAUGCCUUCUUUCAUUGGAAACAAUUGAAUCAUCGACAGCCAUUAUUCCACUUAUCGUCAUGGCAACCAGCUACGUCGCCUUUCAAGUUUCCCUUCUAACAUUGGUCGUGUACCCGCUCACAAAAAGCGCUGGGAUACCCCAUGUUUCUUGCGUCCGGCUCUUUCGCGGCAUCAGCUGUAACAACGAUGUCGUGGUGAUGGUUCGUCGUAUGGCCCUAUGUACAACCAUCUGCGUUGUUUCUGCACUUCUAGCUGCCACGAUCGCUGCUUUAAGCAUUUUGUUUGCACCGGACUCCUACUGGUCUCUGGUGGUUCAUGCGGACCUUACCAUAAACACAAUCGCCAUUAUUGGUUCGUUUGCCAACUGGCGAAAUCGACUUUUUCCCUUCCAGUGCUUCCGGCACGAGCAGCUGAACCCAACGGAAGGUGAAUCGUCAAGAGAAGUAAUAUUGGACUCCUCUAUAAAAUGUGCCGAGAAGGUCUGAUUUAUCCGGUCCACAAUUUCAACCGUUUUGCGUCGACACUUUUAAUUGCUGACGUAAAGAUACUGAUAGUAUAACAUUACCCUGGUAAUUUUGUAAAUGCAUGACCACGUGUUUACCGGAUUCACCGAUAUACAGCAUACAUACAUGAAGUGUUGACAUCGUUACGUUAAUGUUUUUCCCUAUAAUUUUUGUAUUAAAUAAAAUCUGAAAAUAAAUCGACUUCCGC